UAGUGACGAGAUUGUUGUAGUGUUGCAGAAAUCCGGACUUGGAAUUGUAAACGAGCGUGCGGCUCGGCUCACUGGGGCCUUUGGUGCCGCUUCUGAGGGCGCGGACGAGUGCACGCGGUUUAGUCAUUGCUGGAGCUCAUCGCACGGGUAUCGAGGAGCGGUCGCUUAGGGAACCUGAGUGAUUUUGGCUCUACUGGACUCGAUUUGGGAGUUGGAUGCUUCCCCUUUCACUCUAUGUGGUUCGAGACUGUGGGUUUGAGAAAGCGGCCUGGGGUCACGUAUUAAUCCCCAGAGCGGAUUCCUGGUACCAGACUGAGGCCCGAGGUGCCUUCCGGCGUGGGGAGACCAAGUCAGGCAGGCAGGAGACCGGGCGGUAGGAUCGCACUCUGGGGAGCUGUUUCUGUCCCCCUUUCUGCUCCAGAAGGUCCUCCUAAAGAAUUUCUGCUCAGCCAUGUCGCCGGUUUCAGCUGCAACCCAGGUUCCUGCGUUGGUUUCCCUCUUUGACCUCAGCGCGGAUGCUCCGAUCCUUCAGGGCCUGAGCCUGGUGAGCCGCCCUUCUGGGGAGGCUGUGGCCCAGGCUCUGCGGGCUUCCUGUCCAGGGGAGAGAGCAAGCCCAGAAAGAAAGCCACUCCAGGGUCUCCCGGAUAUUUCAGAGAAAUUAUUUUGUUCUACUUGUGACCAGACCUUCCACGACCACCAGGAACAGAGGGAACAUUAUAAGCUUGACUGGCAUCGGUUUAACCUAAAGCAACGUCUCAAGGAAAAGCCUCGCCUGUCUGCCCUGGAUUUUGAAAAGCAGAGCUCCACAGGAGAUCUUUCCAGCAUCUCAGGAUCAGAGGACUCAGACUCAGCCAGUGAGGACAGCUUGCAGAUACCGGAUGAGGAGAGGGCUGGGUCUGAGAAGCCCAGCAGACCCCAAGGCUUCCACCCUCAUCGGGUUCUUUUCCAGAACGCUCUGGGCCAGUUUCUUUAUGCCUAUCGCUGUGUGCUAGGCCCUCGCCAGGUGCCCCAACAAGAACCCGAACUACUCCUACAUAACCUGCAAAACGGAGGUCCCAGACACUGCGUGGUGCUCAUGGCUGCAGCUGGGCACUUUGCUGGAGCCAUUUUCCAAGGAAGAGACGUGGUGACCCACAAAACCUUUCACCGCUACACAGUGCGGGCCAAGCGGGGCACAGCCCAGGGAAUUCGUGAUGCCCGGGGUGGGGCUUCUCGCUCUGCCGGAGCCAACCUGAGGCGCUAUAAUGAAGCCACAUUAUACAAGGAUGUUCGUGACCUGCUGGCAGGGCCAGUCUGGGCCAAAGCGCUGGGGGAGGCUGGGACAAUAUUGCUGCGUGCUCCCCGCUCUGGCCGGUCCCUGUUCUUCGGAGGCCAUGGGGCACCCCUGCAACGGGGGGAUCCCCGACUUUGGGAUAUCCCCCUCGCUACCCGCAGACCCACCUUCCGAGAGCUACAGCAUGUGCUCCAUAAGCUGACCACCUUGCACGUCCAUGGAGAGGACCCCUGGGAGGCAGACAGGUUGGACUCACCUCAGACACACUGGAAGAAGAGAGAGGGGAAGAAGGCUACCGAGGCAGAAAGAAAGGUCUCCAGUGAUGAAAAUGAGGCACUUGGGCAGAAUGAGGAAUCUUCCAAACAGGGUUCAGGGUCGGAGGAAGAGGACAGCCCCCAGGUAGAGUUGGAACUAGUAGAGUUGACAGUGGGGACCCUGGAUCUUCGUGAGUUUGAGGUACUGCCAAAGCGGAGGAGGAGGAAGAGGAAUAAGGAGAGGAACCGAGACCUGAAAGCUGGGACGCACGUGACGCUUCCCCAGCAACCUCAAGGAGAUGAAGCCUUCUCACAGUCUGCCCAGGCACACACGGCCCCUUUGGGGCCUUCCCUGGAUGAGGCCAAGACCCCUGAUCAUUCAGAGCUCUGGGACAUGCUUCUAGCUGCUUGCCGAGCCGGAGACGUCGAGAUGCUGAAACUCCAGCUAGCUGCCGGCCCCAGAGACCCUGGAGUUCUGUCUCUGCUCAGUGCCCCCUGGGGCUCCAGGGGCUUCACCCUCCUGCAUGCAGCAGCUGCCGCUGGGAGAGGCUCAGUGGUUCGCCUGCUGCUGGAGGCAGGUGCCGACCCUACUGUGCAGGACUCCCGGGCCCGGCCACCAUAUACGGUUGCAGCUGACAGGUCAACGCGAAAUGAGUUCCGAAGGUUCAUGGAGAAGAAUCCAGAUGCUUACGAUUACAGCAAGGCUCAGGUGCCAGGGCCGCUGACGCCCGAAAUGGAGGCACGGCAGGCUAUGCGGAAAAGGGAGCAGAAGGCUGCGCGGCGGCAACGGGAGGAACAGCAGCGGAAGCAGCGGGAGCAGGAGGAGAGGGAGCGAAAAGAGCAGCAGCGCUUUGUUGCCCUCAGUGAUCGUGAGAAGAGGGCUCUGGCUGCAGAGCAGCGGCUAGCUGCCCAGCUGGGCGUCCCCACCCUGCGGACCCCCGGCUCUGUGGACCUCAGUGCUCCACGCUGCUGGAGUUGUGGGACAUCCCUCCAGGGCCUCACUCCCUUUCACUAUCUCGACUUCUCUUUCUGCUCCACACGCUGCCUCCGAGACCACCGCUGCCAGGCCGCCAAGCCCUCUUCCUGAUCUCUCAUGGCUGCGCCUGGAGCCAGCUCGGCCCUGAGGGGCUGCAUUCACACUAGCCCUAGGUUUCUUCUUUCCCGUGAAAGCGGAGUAUUCGGAAGAUUAGGAAGGACACUCAGGAACCCAGGCAAAGACAGGGCCACAGAGGAGUGUGGAGCUGGGACAGUCUCUGGAAUUUUAAUCACAAUAAAGUUUGGCAAGGAAACUGCA